AUGAAAUAUAAAAGUACAAGAGGAACUGUAAAUGGAUUGUCAUUCAUUGAUGCUGUAAAGAUGGGAUUGGCUGAUGAUGGUGGAUUGCUUGUACCAGAGUCAGUGCCACAGGUAUCACAACAGAUGUUGGAUCAAUGGCGUAGUCAAUCAUUCCAAGAGAUAUCAUUCAAUAUAUUGUCAAUGUAUAUCGAUCGCUCAGAGAUACCAGAGAAUGAUCUACGUGAUCUUGUUAAUAGAUCAUAUGCCACAUUCUCAAACGAUGCCGUCACACCUCUCAAACGACUGGAUGAGAACAACAACACCUUCAUACUGGAGCUGUUCCAUGGACCAACCUUUAGCUUCAAAGAUGUCGCCCUGCAGUUCUUGGGCAACCUCUUUGAGUACAUUCUUAAGCGUGACAAUGAACGUCUCUCUGUGGUCGUGGCAACAUCUGGCGACACUGGAAGUGCAGCCAUCCACGGUCUCAAGGGUCGCGAGAAUAUCAACCUCUUUGUGCUCUACCCCGCUGGCAGGAUCUCAGCGGUGCAGGAGCUACAGAUGACCACAGUGCUCGAUCAUAAUGUACAUCCACUUUGCAUCUCGGACUGUACCUUUGAUGAUUGUCAAUCAGCCGUCAAGACGAUAAUGAGUGAUCUCACCUUCAAGAAGGCCCACAACCUAGGGGCGGUCAACUCAAUCAACUGGGCCCGUAUCCUUGCACAGAUGGUCUACUACUUCUACGCCUACUUCCGUGUUCAAGACAUACUAGGUGAGGGCAAGUCUGUCACAUUCUCUGUGCCCACCGGUAACUUUGGUGAUAUACUGGCUGGAUUCUACGCCAGAAAGAUGGGACUGCCCGUGAACAACCUCAUCGUAUCCACCAACCAGAAUGACAUCCUUUAUCGCUUCUUCUCCACCGGCGAAUAUAGCAAGCCCAACACAGUCAUACCAACAGUGGCGCCAGCAAUGGACAUCAAUGUGGCCAGUAACUUUGAACGAUAUCUCUACUAUCUUUGCAAGGAGGACCCUGCCCAGUUGGUCAACCUGAUGCAUACAUUCAACACGACUGGACGCUUCAGUAUGUCGCGUGAGCAGAUGAACAGUGUCUCUGUCAACGAUGGCUUUGUGUCCUCAUCAGUAGGACACCAAGAGAUAUUGGACACGAUUGCAGAGUAUCACAAACAACUCAACUACCUUAUGGAUCCACAUACAGCUGUUGGUGUGGCCGGUGCCAAGGCACACGGACUAUGUACAUUGACCAACUAUGCCAAUUUGAGCAGGCCGGCAGAUGCCCUGGUGUGUCUGUCCACUGCACAUCCAGCAAAGUUUGGUGACACUGUCAAGGAGGCUACAAAAGGUCAGGUUGACAUUGAGAACCAGUUUGAGCCCACCAAACAACUGCUCCAACAACAAUCUACAACAUCCAAACUGAACAAAAUCGAUCUCAAACUAGAUGUCAAUCAAAUCAGGGACUACGUAUCAAGUCAACUCGGUGCCAAGUGUUGUAACAACACUCAUCCA